AUGCCGCUGUAUCCUCGUAAGGGCUGAAACACACCAAACGCGUUUCUAAAAACGUAUACGCUUCAAAAACAUCUUGGCAAAGUACAGCGGGAAAAACAGCCGCAGGCGAACCAGGUUGUUUUGCCCGGCGUUUAUGAAGCGGAGCUGUGUGCGCAACUUGCCUGGGCCCAGUGUGACAUUGAUGAGCGGUGCGCCUCCGCGCCUUGCGCUGAAAAGUUGAGAAUAUUUCAACUUUAUUUCAACUUGUUAGUUUGUCCAUUGAGAAUAUUUCAACUUUUAAGCGCACCUAAAAAACGCUAGAAAGACGCGACGCGCGGCCCAUAAGAGCCGAACACGAAAGGCGCGCCGUACCAUAGGAAACAAUGGUUUUGUUAGCGUCACGUUUUUAGAAACGCGUUUGGUGUGUUAAAGCCCUUCGUCAGCCAGUGCCGUCUGUGCUCCCGUUCUUGGACUGAUAUUGGGCUUAUUGUAUCAGUUCAUGAACUAGCUACAUAAAUUCUACAUAUGAAAUACAGACUGAAUAGACUCGACUGUCAAGCUAUGACCUUUUUUCUGUCUUUUGAGAUGACAUGCCUUUUGUAUACUAAUUAGAAAGAAGGCAAAAGGAGAGCAUUACGGUUACGGUGCAGCAGAGGGCGGGAAAGAGCAGAGUCUCCACGCGAACCUGACCUGUUCUCGUGCCCUGCUUGUUCUACGUGUCAGCGGUAUUUUGCACUUCACACCAACACCAUUUCGUCCAACGAUUUAAUUUCUUGACUUGACUAAUUAAUCAAAUUAUUUUGCCUUUCAAAACGCCUGUAAUCUCGGCGUUAGUUUCAGCUGACUGAGUCGCACACUCUGGUUGCAGGCUACAGGUGAUAGCCUACCAAAGUCACCUUCUGUAGUUAACCAUGUGAAAAUAAAUACGUAAUGUAAACGUUCGGUGUAAUGAUCGAAAAACAAAAAACUAUAAACAGACCCAAUCAUGUUCUUGCAACACACGUACAGAAUAAAUUAGAACGUGUAUUAAUUUUAUUACUUAAGUUAACCUGAAGUUUUUGAAUAAAAAGGUGAUUCCCAUGAAUCAAAAAUUCUAAACUGCCCUCUGUUCUUUUCAUGUUGUAAUGCUUGGCUAAAAAGAAUAGAGGUUAAAAUCAGUUAAUGGCUCAAAAUAACCUUUCCGCUCCUUAAUCAUGACUGCUUCUGGAAAUACUAUAAAGAAUUGAGAUUACUGCUCCGUGACCGCGCACAGUCCCCAGACGUCUCCAUCAAGCCCAAAUACAGAGCUGCGCCUUCUAGGUUUUCCGGCGUAUUUUAACUUAUCAAUUGUCACCCAAAUUGCCCGCGUAAACUGGCAGAAUCGGAUCUCCUAGCGCACACGCGCACAGUCUCACAUUUCACUCCUCGUGGCAUACUAAUCGCCUAAAGAGAGGCGGAAGGUGCUCGGAGGGAGCUACCAGGUGGGUCAGGACUGUGGUUCUAUCUUAACCCACAGAUGAGGCACCUGCUGAAGCAGUACCGCACUAACAGAGGGUUUGGGCGACUUUCAGCGGGAGUUCAACGGUUACUUGCAAGAUGGGACUGUUGGCUGAAAAUGCUUCCUUCCACUCUAACAUCCCACCGGCAGCAGACCUCUCUGUGGGAAUCAUAUACUCCAUAUUUGGAGUAUGUUCCCUAUGUGGGAACAGUGUCUUGUUGUACAUCUCCUAUCGGAAGAGGCACCUGUUGAAACCAGCUGAGCUCUUUAUCGUUAACCUGGCUCUCAGUGACCUGUGCAUGACACUCACCCUCUACCCCAUGGCUGUCACCUCCAGCUUCUAUCACAGGUGGUUGUUUGGAAGGGAUGUGUGUCUAUUCUAUGCGUUCUGCGGUGUACUCUUUGGACUCUGCAGUCUCACAACUCUUACUAUUCUCAGCACCGUCUGCUGCCUGAAGGUCUGCUACCCUGUUUACGGGAACCGCUUCACCCAUCGUCACGGCAGCGUCCUGGCUGCGUGCGCGUGGGGCUACGCGCUGCUCUUUGCCUGUUCACCGCUGGCCCGCUGGGGCAGCUUUGGCCCGGAGCCCUACGGCACGGCCUGCUGCAUCGACUGGGGCCGCUCCAGCCACGAGCCCCUGGCGCGCUCCUACACGGUCGCCCUGUUCCUGUGCUGCUACGUGCUGCCCUGCGCCCUCAUCAGCUCCUCCUACACGCUCAUCCUGCUCACCAUGCGCCACUCGCGCCGGGCCCUCCGGCGGCACUCGCACAAGCGCGUCCACCUGCACACGCAAACGCGCAUGGGCAACAUCCAGAUCGUUAUAGUCAAGCUGAGUGUGGCCGUCUGUAUUGGCUUCCUGGUUGCGUGGAGUCCGUAUGCAGUGGUGUCCAUGUGGGCGGCGUUUGGCCACUUCGAGGACAUCCCCCCGCUGGCCUUCGCCGUCCCAGCCCUCUUUGCCAAGUCGUCUCCUCUCUACAACCCUCUGGUCUACCUGCUGCUGAAACCCAACUUCCGCCGUGACCUCCACUCCCUGCUGCAGGCCUGUGUGUGCGUGCGCUGCUGCCAUAAGUCAGGGUGCCCACACCCGUGCUCCACCUGUGUGCACGUCCUGCACUCACUGCACCAAAGAGCUGAAUCUGCCGCUGGCUUGGGGCAACCAAUGAGUGGCGUGGAGCAGUGUGUGUGUGAGCACUGCCACGACCCAUUUGAGCACUUCAGGCACUACCCCCGCGGUUGCCGGACCAGCGUCAACACCGUGCAGCUCUCCCUGGAGCCCAUGCACACACACGCAGCGCCACCUCCUUGUGAACACUUGCACGCCACACACUCACACACACACACGCACUCUGGCAGAGAUCCCCAGCACCCGGUGCGUGUGGUCGUGAGAGGGAAGAAGAGCAUGGUUAUCGACAGCUUGGAGAUCACACUGGAGACACUGCAGUCGUCCACCUGAGUGUGUGUGUGUGUGUGUGUUUUUUAUUGUUUGUGUCCGUGUGUGUGUGUGUGUGUGUGUGUGU